AUGCAGGAAAAGCCCUCAAGGUCGAGACACGCAAGGUCAAGAUCAAGAUCGGGAUCAAGGUCCGCCAGCAGUGGUCGUAGACAAUCGUUGCCACGGGUCAAAUCAUCGCCCAGGCUCGUACGUACCAUUAGUGCUGACCUUGAUAUCUCGCAGACACUGGGCCACCUGAAUUUGGACGGUGGCCCGCAUGAGACGAUUGAUGUGCCGUUUGUGAAGGGGACGCUGAACGUCACUCUUCCACUGGAGUACUUGAAGAAAGACGUGCUGAAUUUGGCGCAAGCGCUGCGUGUUCCCAAGUGGUACAAUAAGAAGUCUAACACAACGCACUUGAAGCCAGAGUCUGUGUCUAUGACUAAGAUUACCUGCGCGCUAACCAACGCAAUUUUUAAGGUGCAGUAUCCCACUUUGCCCUCGCUGUUGCUACGGGUGUAUGGUCCUAACGUGGUGAAUCUCAUCGACAGAGACUAUGAAUUACAAGUUAUAGCACGUUUGUCUUCCCACAAUGUGGGGCCCAAAUUGUAUGGAUGCUUCACGAACGGCCGCUUCGAGCAGUUUCUCGAAAACUCCAGAAACUUGUUGGCCGAAGAAGUGCGCGAAUGGAAAACUUCACAAAGAAUAGCCAGGAGAAUGAAAGAGUUACAUUGCGGGGUCCCACUCCUACCCUUCGAGGUGGCGCAAGGAUCGUGUAGCUUACAGAGAUUAGACAAGUGGAUAAAGAGUAUUAGCGGAUCGAAAUGGUGCAAAGACGGCAAAAAUGUAAGGAAGAACCUAAUGUGUAAAGAUUGGCCUUUUUUUCUGGACGCUGUGGCUCGGUACCGCGCAUGGUUAGACGAAGCGUACCAGGAUGGUCCACAUUCUCUGGUGUUCUGUCACAAUGAUGCACAACACGGAAAUUUGCUCCUCUCCUCGCCUGUCGUACCGUCCGCUGCAACCCCCGUCUCAUCAGCUGCAUCUGCGGAUACUUGCGACUCACUUUUCCCUACUUCGUCCAAUGUUUCACUGGAACAAAUAAUAAGGCCAUCCAAUCAAGAGAAACAGCAAGAUUCCAAGUUGAUUGUCAUUGAUUUUGAAUAUGCUGGCGCAAAUAGAGCAGCCUUUGACUUGGCAGAUCAUUUUUGUGAGUGGACAUGCGACUAUAACAGUGCAGAGCCUUCAAAAGCAGACGCAAGCAUCUACCCAAACAAGGAAGAAUUACUAAACUUCAUGUAUUCCUACGCUUCACACAAACGCCAACCCCAGCAGAAGAGUAUAGAUGAAGAAGUUAAAGAUCUCUACAACGAUGUGAUUAGACAAAGAGGUAGUGUCAAUCUACACUGGGCAACUUGGGGAAUUAUACAAAGCGGUGCGUUGAAUGAAGUGAAGAAGGAAAAAGCAGUUGAGGAAGGCCCUGGUGGAGAAAAGUACGUUAUUACUUUCGAUAGUGAUGGCGAAGAAGCAGGUGCCGAUGGCGAUGACGUUACGGAAGGUGUGGAUAGUGAUUCAUUUGACAACCUCGAUUUUGGCAGGGAAAGAAUGGCUAUUUUCUGGGGAGAUAUGCUUCAACUUGGCCUUGUCAACAAAGAGGAGCUCCCUGAUUGUCAUGAUGUAAAGUAUCUAGAUAUUACCUUUUUAUGA